AGGAGGCUGUGUCUGGCUCUCACUCUCACAGCCACUGCAGUACAUUGAGCUCCAUAGAGACAGGGGCAAGUAAGAGCCAGAUGGGCACUGGGCUACUCUGUGCAGAGCUGAGGGAAAAUAAGCAAAAAAAUGGGCAAAGGUGAUCCUAAGAAGCUGAGAGGAAAAAUGCCUUCAUAUGCCUUCUUUGUGCAAACCUGCCGGGAGGAACACAAGAAGCAGCACCCAGAUGCUUCUGUGAACUUCUCAGAAUUUUCUAAAAAAUGCUCAGAAAGGUGGAAGACAAUGUCAGCUAAAGAGAAAGGAAAAUUUGAGGACAUGGAAAAAGCUGAUAAGGUUCAUUAUGAAAGAGAAAUGAAAACCUACAUACCAUCUAAAAGAGAAACAAAAAAGAAGUUUAAGGAUCCCAAUGCACCAAAAAGGCCUCCUUCAGCAUUUUUCUUAUUCUGUUCUGAGUAUCGUCCAAAAAUAAAAGGGGAGCAUCCUGGUCCUUCUAUUGGAGAUGUGGCCAAAAAAUUGGGAGAAAUGUGGAAUAAUACUGCUGCAGAUGACAAACAACCUCAUGAAAAGAAGGCAGCUAAACUGAAGGAAAAGUAUGAAAAGGAUAUUGCUGCAUACCGGGCUAAAGGAAAACCUGAUGCGAGUAAAAAGGGAGGAGUUGUCAAAGCUGAGAAGAGCAAGAAAAAGGAGGAGGAAGAAGAUGAGGAAGAUGAAGAGGAUGAAGAGGAUGAGGAAGAUGAUGAUGAUGAUGAAUAAGUUGGUUCUAGAGCAGUUUUUUCUUGUCUAUAAAAUAUUUAACCCCUCUGUACACAACUCACUCCUUUUAAAGAAAAAAAAAUUGAAAUGUAAGGCUGUGUAAGAUUUGUUUUUAAACUGUACAGUGGUUUUUAUUUUUUUAUUUUUUUUUUUUUAUAAUUAACACACUACCGAAUGUGUCUUUAGAUAGCCCUGUCCUUUAGUGGUAUUUUCAAUAGCCACUAACUUUGCCUGGUACAGUAUGGGGGUUGUAAAGUGGCAUGAAAAUUUAAAGCAGGUUCCUGUUGGUGCACAGCACAAAUUAGUUAUAUAUGGGGAUGUAGUUCAUUUUCAUAUUCAUUUAUCUUUGAUGCAGCAUAUGAAAUAACUGUUGUUUUGUUAACUGAAUACCACUCUGUAAUUGCAAAAAAAUAAACAGGUACAGC